AAUUGGAUGAAGAACAGUUUGAGAAUUACUGACAGCACUUUGCAAGACCAAGUGUGGGAUAUUUUCUCUGAAGCAACCAGAAAUAAUUCAAAUGAGAAACAACAGGACCAACCACAACAGAAGGAAGAGCAGCAGCCUGCAGAAACUGGGGAAGAAACAAUGGCAGAAGAAAAUGGAAUUACAGAUGAUAAAGCUGAGAGGAAAAAGAAUAAGAGAGAACGAAAAGAAGAGAGACAAAAGAACAAAAAGAAGGAGAAAAAAGAUUUGAAGUUAGAAAAUAAAUCAGAAGUAAAAAAGAGUAAGAAGUCCAAAAAAGGAAAGGAGAGUGUGGAGAAUGAAUUGGAAAUAAAUGGCAAUGGCUGUCAGAGUGACAUAGAAGAGGAAAGAAAUGGAAAGAAACGCAAACAUAAACAUGGAGAAGAGGAGCCUCAUAGCAAAACAAAGAGAAUGAAAACUGAAAACAUUUCAGAAGACAUGGAAACAGAAAACACCAAUGACAACGAAGAUGAUGUGGGAACAGCCAAAGGUAAAUUCAACUGGAAGGGAACCAUCAAAGCUGUGCUGAGACAGGCUCCAGACAAUGAAAUGUCAAUUAAAAAACUAAGAAAAAAGGUUAUAGCUCAGUAUUAUGAAGUAGCUGGUGAACAUCACAAAUCAGAAGAGGAUAUCCUAGUCAUAUUUAAGAAGAAAGUGAAUAACAAUCCCAAAUUUAGAGUUCUAAAGGACAAAGUGAAACUUGUGCAGUAAGAGUUUGCAUACUUUUUGUAACUCUUGCAUUUUAAUCUUGCAGAUGGAGUCAAACUCUUCUGUCAGCUGUACAAAAACUAUGCAUUGGUCUCAAUUUAAAUUGUAUAUGUGAAAGCAGAAUUUAACUUUUAAUACUGGAUUCUGUUUUCUAGAUUUAUCACAGAACAUUUUCAGAUAUUUUUUUGGUUUUAUGAAAAAUGUCUAUUUUUUGGUACAGGUUUUAAGAGGCAUUGAAAAUAAUUGCUGUCUAUGGUUUUAAAAUUUAUCCAGUAUUAGAUGUAAUUUAUAGGCAUGGAUGUUUUAUCAGGACCUGGGUUGUGUAGCUUUUUGCAGAAACUAUUUUAAGAGCAAAUAGGAUUUUCAUAUUCAAAAACCCACUGUGGAAUAAAUGUUUUGUUGUGCUAAAAUUCAAGAUGGUAUGACUGCUACCCCCGUUAUGCACUGUAGCUAGUGUGUGCAGGCUUUAGUAGACUGAUAAUUCUGUGUUGCAAAAUGCAUAACUCAAGUGUCUGUCAGAUUUGUGU